GCCCCGGACCGAGUCGCUCUCCUCGGUGCUGAAAUCGCAGACCGUCGCGAUAAUGUAAACGGCGAUGAGGCCAAACGGAGCAUCGUUAAAAAAACAUACGAAAUGGACGAUGACCUGUUUCAGUUGAGACAACUUCCUGUUGUCCGUUUCCGUCGCACAGGUGAGAGCACACGAUCUGAGGAAGAUGUCGAAAGCAGAGAGGAGGAGGUCAGGCCAGCUGAGCCUGCUGAUCUGGAGUCUGUGGCGCUGGCAGAAGGCGUUCCGGUGCCCCGAGAGUUUGCCAAUCCAACCGACGACACAUUUAUGGUAGAAGACGCUGUGGAGGCCAUAGGUUUUGGCACAUUUCAGUGGAAACUCUCCAUCCUCACUGGUUUAUCCUGGAUGGCUGAUGCCAUGGAGAUGAUGAUACUCAGCAUCUUAGCCCCACAGCUCCACUGUGAAUGGAGACUACCGAGCCUUGAGGUGGCACUGCUCACAUCGGCGGUGUUCAUUGGGAUGAUGAUCAGCUCUUCUCUUUGGGGAAACAUAUCUGAUAAAUACGGCAGAAAGAUGGGCUUGACGCUGAGUGUGCUUUGGACCAUGUUCUACGGCCUCAUGAGUGCAUUUGCACCCAUUUACGGGUGGAUCCUGGUCCUGCGUGCGCUGGUGGGCUUUGGUAUAGGAGGGGCGCCUCAGUCGGUGACCCUGUAUGCUGAGUUUCUUCCCAUGAGAUCCAGAGCCACAUGUAUUUUGCUUAUAGAGAUCUUUUGGGCAAUCGGUACAGUUUUUGAGGUCCUGUUGGCGAUCCUUGUGAUGCCCACUCUGGGCUGGCGCUGGCUGCUCGGUCUUUCCACCAUCCCUCUCUUCAUUUUCGCCUUUCUGUGCUACUGGCUGCCAGAGAGUGCUCGGUAUGAUGUGCUGACGGGGAAUCAGGAAAAGGCUCUGGCAACUCUGAAACGUAUAGCCACAGAGAACGGCGUGCCCAUGCCUCUGGGGAAACUUAUUGCUGCCAGACAGGAAGAUCGGGGGAAGAUCCGAGACUUAUUUUCAUCACACUUCCGAUGCACCACGGUUCUGCUCUGGUUCAUUUGGUUUGCAAACGCCUUCUCUUACUACGGACUGGUGCUGCUCACUACAGAGUUGUUCCAGGAAGGAGGUGCAUGUGGAAUGCCCAAAGGCGGAAAAAAGGAGCUCAGAUGCAACUUGGAGUGUAAAUAUCUAAAUUCUGAUGACUAUAAAGAUCUGCUCUGGACUACAUUGUCUGAAUUCCCAGGACUGCUGGUCACACUGUGGGCUAUUGAUCGAUUGGGACGGAGAAAGACCAUGGCAUUGUGUUUCCUUGUGUUCUCUCUGUGCAUCAUCCCUCUGUAUGGAUGUGUUGGGAGAGCAUCCAUGACGGUGUUGAUAUUCAUAGCCAGAGCAUUUAUUGCUGGAGGCUUCCAGGCAGCCUAUGUUUACACUCCAGAGGUUUAUCCAACAGCAACCAGAGCUUUGGGUCUGGGAACAAGUAGUGGGAUGGCCAGAGUUGGUGCCCUCAUCACUCCUUUUGUUGCACAGGUGAUGUUGGAGUCUUCGGUGUACCUGGCCCUCUCUGUGUACUGCUGCUGCUGCCUGUUCGCUGCUGUCGCCUCCUGCGCUCUGCCCAUUGAAACCACAGGUCGAGGUCUGCAGGAGUCCAGCAAUCGUGAGUGGGGACAGGAGAUGGUAGGCCACAGAUCAGAAGAAAUCCCACACUCCAACUCUGGUUCUCAGGGUUGAGGACAUGCUCACUGUGGUAAAAGCUGGAGGAGAGACCAGAUGAGAGGAGAGGAGAGAGUUAAACCAGCUUUCUGCCCUUCUUGUAUGUUUCUCCUAAGAUCCAGGCAGCACCAUUUUUACAUCACAUUACUGUAUGUAAAGUCUUUAACACCAUUGGUGUCACAGGGUUGCCACUGUAAAACUAUGUACGCACAGGACGAGUUAGAAAGACCAAGCUGAUGUUCAGGAUUACCGGAGAUGAUGGUGAAAAUGGGAAAAGUUUCUGAAAAGGGGAAGAUGGAAAGUGUGAAAGUGAUGAAAUUUAUCUUCAUACAGCUACCUUCCUUUGAAAGAGCCUUAAAACAACCUAUUGAGUAGGUGACAAAACCACCUUGGAAAUCAAUGAAAAACAGCCUCUGUAGUACACAAAGCAUACUGAACAUACCAUCUCCUAAGUAUUCUUAGCAAAACAAAACCCACAAUCAUCUCAUGUACAUGGAAAUUGCCUGCUGAAAUGCACUUUAACUUAAAAAAGUAUUGUUGAAGAACAAAAAUAACUCCUCAGAUGAACUGACCAGAUUACGUUUUUUUCACUGAACAUUCCUAGUUAUCAAGGUAAAUAUAGAACCUAUGUAGGAGCCCUUGAUUUUAUUGCAAAUAUCAGAACUUUUAAGGAAUGAUUUGCUUCACUUUCAUCAGUUUCCUAAUGCAAAUGCACAUAUAAAUGACUGAAAUCAUGAUUUUGAAAAGUUUAAUCAUGAUGUGAUUGUUUUACCUAUGACAAACUUUUAGAUUUCCUGAAGCUGUCAGUGGAGGGCUGGAAGUUUCUUUAACAUAAAACUAAGCAUUUCUACAUUACAGCACAAACAGCGAGAGUCUGAAGAGAGUUUUCCAAAAGUGUAAUUACUCUUAAAUGGUUCUGUACACUCAUAUAAGUACCAGGUAGAUUUAAAGUUUACAAUAUGUUGCAAACUUAUUCAUAUUCCUGGAACUUUGUGACAUUUUUUUCACAUUACAACCACAAAUUUCCAUGCAUUUUAUUCUAAUUAUAUGUGACAAACCAACACCACGUAGCCCAUGAUUAUGAAGGAAACUGAAACAUCUAGAGAUGGUUUAAAAAUGUUAAAAUGAACAAACCAAUUUGUUUUUAGCCCCCAUAAGCCAGUACUUUGUAGACACAUUUCCCUGUAGUUGCAGCUUCCAGUCUUUUGGGGGUAUGCGUCUACUACUUUUACACAUCUCAAGACUGAAAUGUUUGCUCAGUCAUCUUUGCAACACAGUUCAAUCUCAGUCCCACUGAGUGAAGACAAUCUGUGAACAUGAAUUUUCAAGACUUGAUACUAAUUUUCACAAAAGUACACAAAUAUGUUUUGAUUAAGACCAUUGUUGUGCAGUCCUCUACUUUGACAUGAUUGGAACAGAGCUUUGUGAAAUGUUCAAAGCCAGGGAGAUUUUUUUUAGAACUUAGCUUUAAACUUCUCCAUGACAUCCCUGACCUAUCUUGAUGUGUUUCAGGAAUAUUUCUGUCACUAGUGUUCCCUAUAGUGUAGCAAACAUCUGUAACAUUCACAGAACAUCUGGUUUUAUACUAAGAAUAAAUUGCAGCAAUUACUAUUUACUAAAUUCGAGAACAUCUGAAGCCAGUUUGUUUCACAGAAUUUCAUAUAAAAGGUUUCAGAGUAAAUGGAGCAAAAAAACUAAUGGACCCACUUUUUAUAUUGUUUAUUAUUACAAGAUUUGGAAAACAGG